GCGGGAGGCGGGGCGGAGCGGGGCGAGCCGGGAGCUGUAGUCGCGGUGCGGGCAGCAGGCGGCCCGGGGAGCAUGGCCGGCAGCUCGGUGCGGGCCGGGGCUCGGCUGUGUGUCCGAGCGGCAAGGCACGGAAGUUUGUAUUUCAGGGAGCCCCUGUGUGUUUUCAGCACUGCAGCUCAGCAGAGAAGUACAGGAGAUGAGUGUGGGCCUGAAGAUCCCCGUGAUGAGCCGAAGCAUCCCCUUCCUGACUGUGCCUUAGAGCACAAAGCUGUCAAAUUAGAAGAGCAAGUUCGGGACUUAACUGAACGAUACAGGAAAGCUUUGGCAGAUUCUGAGAAUGUCCGGAGGAGAACGCAGAAGUUUGUGGAAGAUGCCAAGCUCUUUGGGAUCCAGAGUUUCUGCAGGGACCUUGUGGAGGUAGCAGAUAUCUUGGAGAAGACUGCUGAGAGUGCUGCAGAGGAAGCAGAGCCCACUAAUCCAAAUCCAACCCUACAGAAAAUCUACGAGGGCCUCUCUCUCAUAGAGGCCAAAUUGCAAAGUGUAUUUGCCAAACACGGCCUUCAGAAGAUGAGCCCUGUUGGUGACAAAUACGAUCCAUACGACCAUGAAAUAGUUUGCCAUGUCCCAGCUGAGGGGCUGCAGCCGGGCACGAUAGCACUGGUGACUCAGGAUGGCUACAAACUCCAUGGUCGCACUAUCAGACACGCUCUUGUUGGCGUGGCCGUGGAGUCACAGGAGUGAGUGAUGCCCCUUGGCAUCUGGGACCUGACUGGGCUGAGGACCUCUCAGCACUCGUGACAGCUGCAGCUGCAUGUCUUUACUUAUUUAUUAAGCUAGAUUCGUAUUGUGCGUUGGCUUCUUCAUAAUGCGUGCAGUCUUUUUUGCCAUUAAUUAUAAGGUACUUGUAUAUUUAAUGAUCCUUUUUUUGGAGUAUGUGGAGUAGUAUUAGGAGUUCAGCUAUUUGUCAGAAAUGUGGCAUUACAGCCCCGUUCUCUGAUGCUCAUUUCUGCAUUAGAACUUGGAUAGGGAAGGGGAGAAGAAACAGAAAUUCUUUGAGAUUUAGGGCAUCUUGUCCCUCAGCUGCAUCUCUGAGAUGGAUUCCAGCUGUGGCCUUCAGGCAAGUAACUUCUCUGCCUCAGUUUCUGUAUCUGUAUGGAGGGAACAUAAUACUUAUUGACCUACCUCACAGGGAUGCAGUGAGGCUUUUUCUUUGGUGAGCACUCAGAGGAAGAAAAGCUCAAAGGGCUGAGUAUUAUUAUGGGGUUGAUUUGGGUAUCUUCCCUUGUCCCAGACCUCUUUGCUGGGGUCAAGAUGAUUGAGUGCUUGGAGUGACAUUUAGGGCCAUUUUAACUCCUCUCAGAUCUCUCUUUCUCCAACCAAAAAAGUGUAUUUUAGAGGAGAGUAAUCUCUCUUCCCUGGUGGGUAUUUGUGCAUCUUUCAGGCAUGAUAAACGAUCUGCUUUUUGUUGCUGCUGCUGGCAAAAUGGAGAUGUGCCCUUAAGUAGGAAAUCUGGACUGCUUUUAUUUUCUCCAGCUCUCCAAUAAUGGUACUCAGAUAACGCUAACUUGUCAUUGACAUUCAGAUUCUACCCCUGUGUACUCACAGUAAAUGUGAAACCGUUUGGUUGGGUUUUUUUUUUUUGACUCUAGGAGGAAAGAAAUCUUUUCUACGAAAGUCUCAAGUGUCCUUGAAACAGUUUCAGCAGCGGUGACAAGAAAGGAAGAGAAGCAGAAGGCAGGGAACUGAAGGCUGACCUCGAGCUAUCCUCCUAGUUGGAGGCAUGUUGCUGUCACAGUAUGGCAUAUGUAUUUCCCAGAGGUCCUUUUGCCAGGGAGUCCAUUUAUCUCAGCUGAAAGGAUGCAGUCACCCAUUAAGAUCAGAAUUUAACCCUUGGGAGAGCAGUAAGCAGCAUAGUGACAAAACAACUGUAUAAGCCAGGCUGUGGUUUGCACUAUAUAAAACCCCCAGGCAUGGUGGUUUUCAGGUUAUUUCUUACAAAUUCAUUAAUUCCUGCCUUUUUAGCUUUUGGAAUUGGAUCUAUGGCCCGGCAGUUAUUUGAGAUCUGUUUGCAAAAGCUCUUUAUUGUGAUGGGUGCCAUCACUGGUUUGGAAGAAAACUCAUUCUUCUCCUAUUCCUUUGCAGGCUUUGGUUUUGUAACCCUUUUGUGGCGGGCUUCAGGGUAACGACAGCCUUCAUUGAGCGUCUAUCAGCAUUAUUUCAUGUGAGGAGACUGUACGCAGAGCAUAGACAGCUAAUGGGUUGUCAUAGAACUUUUAGGGAGGUGCUUGUUUUGAUCUGCUGCACACAGGCUGCUUUGACUGCUAUAUGUGGGUGACCCGGUGUGGUUUUGUGCCUCCAAGUUAUGUUUGCAGAGAGGGACUUGAGAUUUCAGCCCUGGGACGGUGCUUCAUGGCAGCAGCAUCACUUAGGAAGAAGCUCUAUUCAGUGCCCUCGUUUUAUCACACUGCAAAUAGGAGGGGAGAGCCAGCUGUGCAAAUGAAUGUCUAACAUGGAAGAUUAUUUAUAAGGAUCUGAACAGAAAUGCAGGCAUUUUAGGUAAGAGGUUGUUUUCACUCACAGAAAGGCUGCAACUUAACCCGAGCCAUACUUAAAGUGGCCAAAAGUGAUGGGAUCCGAGGCACCUUUAAACUGACCCACUGUGCAACCUGACUGUGAAGUUAUGCUACAUUUGCUUGGACUGUUUGCUAGGCCUGUCUGUCACCCCAGCUAGCAUUCACUCUUUUUUGCCUUAAAGAAGUACCCUAAAAUGCACUGCAGACUCUGUCUGCAGUAUGAGGUUAUCUGUUAUAUCUGGGGUCUGCCUGCACUGAGGCACUGCUGUGGCUGGAGCAGCAAUCUGAGCUCAGGUUCCUGUGCUGUUUCUGAACCCCCUCCCCAAGCUAUUUUCCCAGUUUGUGCCCCAGUUUUGUACAUCUGUGAAACUUCUGUAGAUCUAAUUAGGCUUGAUGAUGGUUAUUGCAAGAUACAGGUAGUACUUAGUGGCUCUUGCAGAAGUUACCAAAGACUGUUGUUGUUUGUCCUGCUUGCUUUGAAUUGUGAAAGGGGAAUGAAAGAACCAAAUGUGGAUUCCAUUACAGAACUUACAUUUCCUUGGCAGAAUGGGGUUCCCUUGCCUUUCAAGCACACUUAAUGAUGAUCUCUUAUUGUGGAUGAGAUUGCUUCCCAGCUUGUGCAGAGCUCACACAGCACAGUGGGAUGAGAUGGGUCCCACUCAGUGCUCUGCAGUGACACCAAAGAGUCCGACCCGUCAGCUUCUUCCCUGCUGUCACUUCAUUCCAACCAUCUUUGUUAGAAGGGAUGGAGCAGCAGAGGAGAGCGAGUGCUGCAUAACUCUGCACUGUACCUCUGCACCUCCUGCUCGUUUCCACUUGCUCACCCAGCCAUGAACUGAGUGCUGCCCCACCAACAUGUUGGCUCAGAGCAGGAGUGGUGCAGAACAUGAAUGUCUCUUUGAGGACCUUAAAUUCUCAGCUCUUCUUCAGCAGGAGGAAGGGAGCAGCUGUGAUAAGUCAAUGGCUGCGAGAAGCCCUCUCGCUAUUGAAAACUAUUUAAGUUUUAGAUUGUGAAUACGGCAGUGUUUUGUUGUUGUUUUAAUGUGAGAUGUUCUGGUACGACUCGCCGAGGCACAUGAACAAAGCAUUGCUAAGCUCCAAAA